GAAACCUAAAUGGAAGAUGAAAUUGCCUUUUCCCACUACUCAGUUCUACAAAAAAUAUCAGCAAAAGGCCUUCUAUUCUGUGUUGCUAUGAAGGAAGAAUGAGGCACUGGAUAUGCAACUGGAGCCAUAUCUAGAAGGAUGCCAUGAUAGAACAAUCCACUAGAAGAUGCUGCAGCGCGAAAUCCAACAAUACUGGGCGAGGAACACGUAAUGACAUCGGAGUUCGUGAAAUAAUAGGCCCGCGCCGCACGGUAAUUCUAGUGAAACCAGUGAUAGAUUAAGAUUUACCAUCCUUUUCAUAAAAUCCAAUCAUGUGAUCCGGGAAUAGGUCUUCCAAAUCAAAGAUGUUGUCGUCCUUUAUGCCAACAUUAAAGUUUGGAUAUACUCCCCCACCACUAGUGCCAGGAAUUGACAUUAAUGGGUUAGAAUCAACAGAAAGACCUGCUUCAGGAGCUCCCACAAUGCUCUCAAAAUCGUUCUUAGCACCACUGCUAGAAGCUGUACAAUCAUGGACUCCAAUAUGAUCGGCAAUUGAUAAUGGCAAUCUUGCAGUGUUAACGAUAGGACCAACUUGAGUGGCUUCAACCAACUGCUUGGUGAUUAACUCUUCCAUUUCAUACCCAACAUUAUUGACUGGAUGAGUGUACAUUCCAGCGCCACCAGCAAAAGAUGGUUGCCAGCUAAGUGAUGGAAAUGUCCUAGUGUCAACCCCGCGCCACGCUUCAGAGGUGCCCUGUGCCGGUACAGUGAUUAGGUCUUCUACACCUAGCAGGAACUCAUCAUCCACAAUGGGAAGUGAACUAUUCAACUCACUAACAAUAGCAGUACCAAACGGGAAAUUCUCAGGGUUAACACCGGGUGGUCCUUCAAUAGCAUCAGUCAUGCAGUUGGCAACUGCCUUGGUAAAGACAUGCAAUAGCUCCUCCUGGACUAAGGAGGAAGACAGAGCAUUUGAGACUGCCCUAGCCAUUUAUGCUGGAGAUAGCAAUCAAUUGAUGAAGAUCGCUGCAGCAGUUCCACGGAAAUCUAUUCCAGAAAUCUUACAACAUUAUAAAAAACUUGUUGAUGAUAUAAACGAUAUUGAGGCUGGAAAAGUUCCGCUACCUCAAUACGGGAGAAUGCAAGGUUGUUCCAGCCGCAGAAGUAGAUUAUCUGGAGCAGAGGUAGAACGGCGAAAAGGGGUCGCUUGGACUGCAGAGGAACACAGGUUGUUUCUCCAGGGGUUGGAGAAAUAUGGAAGAGGUGAUUGGAGGAGUAUAUCUAGGCACUGUGUGGUAUCCAGAACACCAACACAGGUGGCAAGCCAUGCGCAGAAAUUCUUCAGUCGAUUAAAAGACAAUAAUAAGGCGAAGAGGAGAAGAAGCAUUCAUGAUAUCACUAGUGUGGAUGCUGCUACUACUGAACCUUCACAAGGACAAAAAACUGAGAAGUUGAAUGGACCUUGUGGAGGGCAAUUACAAUGGCCAAUCACUGACUAUGUGACUGAAGCUUUUGACCCAGGGAUGUUUCCUUUACCAGGGCCAGUUACCAACUGCAUGACUGAUGCUAUUGGAGGACCAUCCGGUGUUAACCAUGAGAAUUUCCCGUUUGGUACUGCUGUUGUUAGUGAGUUGAAUAGUUCACAUCCCAAUGUGGAUGAUGAGUUCCUGCUAGGUGUAGAAGACUUAAUCACUGUACCGACACAGGGCACCUCUGAAGCGUGGCACGGGGUUGACACUACGACAUUUCCAUCACUUAGCUGGCAACCAUCUUUUGCUGGUGGCGCUGGAAUGUACACUCAUCCAGUCAAUAAUGUUGAGUAUGAAAUGGAAGAGUUAAUCACCAAACAGUUGGUUGAAGCCACUCAAGUUGGUCCUAUCGUUAACACUACAAGAUUGCCAUUAUCAAUUGCCGAUCAUAUUGGAGUCCAUGGUUGUACAGCUUCUAGCAGUGGUGCUAAGAACGGUUUUGAGAGCACUGUGGGAGCUCCUGAGGCAGGUCUUUCUGUUAAUUCUAACCCAUUAAUGUCAAUUCCUGGCACUAGUGGUGGUGGAGUAUAUCCAAAUUUUAAUGCUAGCAUAAAGGACGACAACAUCUUUGAUUUGGAAGACCUAUUCCCAGAUCACAUGAUUGGAUUUUAUGAAAAGGAUGGUAAAUCUUAAUCUAUCACUGGUUUCACUAGAAUUACCGUGCGCCGCGGGCCUAUUAUUUCACGAUUCCGAUGUUAUUACGUGUUCCUCGCCCAGCUAGUACACUUGGAUUUCGCGCUACAGCAUCUUCUAGUGGAUUGUUCUAUCAUGGCAUCCUUCUAGAUAUGGCUCCAGUUGCAUAUCCAGUGGUUUCAUUCUUCCUAGCAGUAGAACCAAUAGUUUCAGUUGUAUAUGGUGUAUGUAUUAGCAAGCUUUUUAGAUGCAUAGAACUAUUUAGAACAGUUACCUCCCCCCAUGCCCCUUUUCACUUCUCUGUGUCCUUUGGCGUACAGGCAUGUUCUUAAACUCCAUGUUUAUAAAUAAAAGCAUGCUUUAGUUGUAUUGAAUCUUA